AUGCCUGGCCCCAAACCCAAGCUCGAGGUCGCGACGCCCGUCACCAGCAACUUCCCGUCCGAAAUUGCCUCCGCCACCUCUGUCAGCACGGCCACUCCUCUCUCCAGCCUCAGUUUACCCGCUAUUCGGUGUUGCAAAGCCGAACCCGACUUUAUUAAGACGCCCAUCACCCCUCCGCUGGCUUACACGGAUUUCCUAUCGAGGGCGAUGGCCUUUAAUUCGCAUCCCGUGGCCCCUGCCGAAACGACAGCACGGGAAUCCUCGCCUGCCACUGACACGAAUGACAAGCCUGACGAUAGCAGCGUCAGCAGUACCGUCAGUACGGCGAGCGCCAGUGCCAAGGAUGAACAGUCGCCAUCGACGUCGCCGACCACGUCUGCUUCGAGCACUAGCAAACCAUCGUCGCCCGCAUCGGCUACCACUCUUUCUGCUUCGGAAAAGGCCUCGGCCGUGGAGAGGGCGUUGGCCUCUGCUUCUGCCUCGCUGGUACCGCCAAGCCCCUUCACCAAGGCGCCCAUGUCAGCGCCACUGAUUGGGCCGACGUCGUUUCCCAGCUUCAAGAUUCCGCCCAGUCCGGCCCUGUCCAACCUCGACUCGCCCCUGAGCGCUGCAGCUUCCAUGUUCUCGCCCUAUAGCGGCCGCUCAUCACGCUCCGUUUUUGAUUGGGACGCCGCCCUCAAGGCGCGCUGUGCUGACCAGAAGAAGCCCAAGUCGGCGCGCACCGUUCGUCACAUUCGCGAGGUGGUGACGAGGACAGUCACCUACACCCCACGCAUGGAGCCAGCCCCCCGCGGCAAGAGACGCAAGGUGGAAUAA